AUGGUAGAAUAUGAAAUUAGGACAGUAUCUGAUGAAAACGGAGACCAUUUCAUCGAUCGAUCGCCGAAAAAUUUUGAAUCGAUUCUGAAUUUUCUGCGUGAUGGGGACAUUGAUCUUCCAGAUUCUGUGAAGGAAGUGAAGGAAAUUCGAACAGAAGCACGUUACUAUGAAUUGACAAAUCUUUUAGAGUUGUGUGAUGAGUUCAUCGAUGAAAAGUUGGCGCCUGGAACAAGAGAUCAAAGAAAUCUCAAAUUCAUCAAAAACGAUGAUGAGUAUUUGCAGAUUGUUACGGAACCAGUGAAGCCCGUCUUUGUCUUCCACUAUGCACCAGUCGAACAUAGAAAGUUUACGUAUCCGUACAACUUGAAUAUUCAAGACUUCCUCGAGAAAUAUAAAAAUCAAUUCGACAUUUAUUUCAGAGCUCAAAGGGUCGAAAACAACAAGAAAGUAUUCUGGAAAUGGUCCAUUCAUCACUACAAUAAAUAUCUCGAAGGGCAGGACGGAUACAAGUAUGGAGUGAAGGAGGAAAUCGAUGAGGACAUUGAGAAAAUCUUAAACAAUGCGCCGUUCCCAUAA